AUGCAGCCCGGGCCGAAGCGCCGAGCUGUCCGCCGUCCGCACCGUCCCGGUGCGGCCGGCGUCUCGCUCGGCGCCCUGCCGGCGGCUCCUGCGCCGGCUGCGGCCGCAGCAGCAGUCGAGGCCGACGAAGAGGACGAGUGGGAGAGGGCGUGGGCGGCGGACGCCGAGGACGGGGAGGAGGAGGUUGGGUACCUCUGGGGCAUGAACAUCGUGACGGGAAGCGUCGCCGAGGGCGGCGGCGGCGGCGGCGGCGGCGGCGGCGGCGGCGGCGGCGGCGCGGCGGCGCGCGAAGAGCGGCGGCGGCGCGGGUCGCUCGUGCAGUUCUCGUACGGGACGUACGACGGGGUGCAGCUGUCGGCGGUGGAGGCGAUCUCGGAGGAGGACCUGAUAGAAGAGGAGGAGGAGGAGGAGGAGGGGGCAGGGUCGGAGGAGGAGGCGGUGCAAGAGGCGGCGGGGAAGGCGGCGGCCGAGGCGGCAGGGGGGCCGGCAGAGGAGGCGGAGGCGACAGGGGAGGCGGCGGCGGCAGGGGCGGCGGCGGCGGCGGCGGCGGCGGCGGCGGCAGGGUCGCCAGGUGCGGCGGCGGAGGCGGUGGCGGCGGAGGCGGUGGCGGCGGAGGCGGUGGCGGCGGAGGCGGUGGCGGCGGUGGCGGUGGCGGAGGGGGCGGUGGCGGAGGGGGCUGGGGCGGAGGGGCAGAGCGCCAACAACGGCGUCCUCCACGCCACGGGUGUCGGCGGCUCGCCGUCGCUGCACUGGCUUCCCCGACUCGGGUACUCCCCCCUAGAGAAGGGGAGCACGCGCUCGUGGCCUCCAACUGGCGCUCGAGCGGACACACACUCCACUGCUCUCGACACCGUGGUCCGGCUGCAGCGGCUGCACUCUUCUCCGCCGCACUCGCGCGCCGCUCGGAGCUACGCUGCACGACACCGUCCUUGUCCGCAGUCUGAGGUCUCGACAUACUGGCAGCCGCCCCUCGUCCUCAGGCUCUGGACAAAGCUGCGGCCCGGCCUGCACCCCUUCUUGCGGCAGCUGGUGCAGCGGUUCGAGCUGUACGUCUACACGAUGGGGGCGCGCAGGUAUGCGGCCGAGGUGGUGGAGCUGCUCGACGCCGACGGGUGCCCUACCCACCCAGACGAGUCUGCGGAGCGCGGGCAGCUCGCGGCGCUGCAGCGCGCGCUGACGGCGAUCCACGCCGCCUACUUUGAGCGGGUCGACCGCCGCGCCGCCGCCCCGCCGGGCGGCGCGGCGGCGCGGCCGGGCGUCGACGCGGCGGUGGCGGCGGUGCGGCGGCGAGUGCUGGCCGGAGUGUGCGUGCUCUUCACGCGCGUGAUCCCGCUCGGGGAGACGGCCGAGCGCCACUACGCGUGGCGGCUCGCCGUCGAGCUCGGCGCGGCCGUCUCGGCCACCGCCACCGACGCGGUGACUCACGUGGUGGCCGGCGCCGCGGGGACCGACAAGGCGCGCUGGGCCGCCUCGCGCGGCAAGGCCGUCGUCGGGCUCGAGUGGCUGCUGGAGUGCGGCUACUUGUGGCGGCGCGAGCCGGAGAAGGCCUACCCCCCGCCGGCGGUGCCUUCCGACGCGGCGCCACUGGGGCUCUCGCGCGAUACCCUGCCGCCGCCAAGGGUAGGCUGA